CAAAUCACUGUCGGGGUAAACAUGAGGUCAGUUGUGCUUGGUUUGCUUCUGUGUGCUGUCUUUCCUCUGAUCAAUGCUAGUUGCUUCAAGGUGAAACACGAAACAACAGAUAAGUUUUGCCAGGACACGACAGAUAAGACAUGGCAUCCUAUUGGAUCUGUUUGGAGAAACAGUAAAUGUGUUGACUGUAAUUGUUUUGCUGAUUCCAUGACGUGCUGUGAUGCAAUGCAGAGGCCUGUUAAUUAUUCUGACAAGUGCCAAGUGGAGUAUGAUUACACUACAUGCACAUUUGAGGUGUUUGAGAAAGUUCCCUGUUCUCACACGGGCGAUGUUCUCGGUAAAUGACGGCCAUGAAUAAAGAAAAUAAAGCCAUCUUCUUUGUAUUAUCUGCUGAUGUAAAGGAUAGUAAUUUGUUUAAGAUGUUUAAUUUGAAUAACAUUAUACAUGGGAUCAUGUCAAAAUGAACACAACAUUGGACAGGCAUUUGGGCAAUGUUGUUAACUGCAUUUCAGGGCUGUAACCACCUUAGACUUUUCAAGAAAUCGUAUAAAUUGAAUAAUAUAAAUUGAUGUAAAUUUUCAUUAAAAGUUUACAAUUUGUUUACAAUUAUUUUGUACAGUUGUGUUUAUAUAAUUACAACAGGAUCAAUACA